CUAAUAAUCCUGUGAAAUAAAGGGGCCGCGCCAGGUGACCAUCGCGGCGCUGUGUGACUCGUCUGGAAUCUUCCCUGUGGCUCGGGACGGACCACGUCUCCCCAUUUUCACGCCUCAAGACUCGAUUUCUUCUUUGUUUCCCGAGAAGUGCUGUGACGAGAGACCAAGAUGGUAAAGGAGACUGGUUAUUACGAUAUUCUAGGGGUGAAGCCCACAGCAACAACUGAAGAACUUAAGAAGGCGUACAGAAAACUUGCACUGAAGUAUCAUCCUGAUAAGAAUCCAAAUGAAGGAGAAAAGUUCAAACUGAUUUCACAAGCUUAUGAGGUACUGAGCAAUGAGGAAAAACGUGCAAUUUAUGACCAAGGUGGAGAACAGGCCCUCAAGGAAGGCGGCACUGGAGGCGGUGGCUUCACAUCACCAAUGGAUAUCUUUGAGAUGUUCUUUGGGGGUGGUUCAAGACGAAGCAGAGAAAAGAAGGUUAAGGAUGUCAUCCAUCAAAUGAGUGUUUCACUGGAGGAGUUGUACAAUGGUGCAGUCAGAAAGCUAGCACUGCAGAAGCACGUUAUCUGCAGCAAGUGUGAGGGGCAGGGUGGUAAGAAGCCCCCAGAGAAGUGCCCUUCUUGCCGCGGAACAGGAAUGCAGGUCCGGAUUCAACAAUUAGGCCCCGGCAUGGUGUCACAAGUGCAGAGUAUGUGUGGCGAGUGCCGUGGUCAGGGAGAACGCAUUAAUCCUAAAGACAGAUGCAAAACCUGUGAAGGCCGGAAAGUUGUUAAAGACCGCAAAAUCCUAGAGGUUCAUGUAGACAAAGGCAUGGAAGAUGGUCAGAAAGUUGUAUUUUCUGGCGAGGGUGAUCAGGAACCUGGCUUAGAACCUGGUGACAUCAUCAUCGUUCUGGAUGAGAAGGAGCAUGCAACUUUCAAACGUGUGAACAGUGAUCUCACAAUGCAGAUGCACAUUUCUCUUGUAGAAGCAUUAUGUGGAUUCCAGAAGCCUAUCAAGACCUUAGAUGACAGAACCAUUGUUAUUAGUGCAAUCCCAGGUGAAGUAAUAAAGAAUGCUGAAGUGAAGAGUGUCCUUGGUGAGGGCAUGCCUCAAUACAAGAAUCCAUUCGAAAAAGGACGUUUACUCAUUCAAUUCUUGGUGGACUUCCCACCUCAUAUUUCAUCAGAUCGUAUUGCUAAGUUGGAAAAAAUAUUGCCUGCAAGGCCUGAAGUAAUGAUUCCAGAUGAUUGUGAAGAAUGCGAGCUAGCUGAAAUUGAUAGGUCACAACGAAGCCGACGUCACAAUAUGAUGCAUGAUGAUGAUGACGACGACCACGGGCCAAGGCAGCAACAUCUACAGUGUCAGACCAGUUAGAUCUCUAUUAUGAGCUAUAUUCUGUAUUUUAUUUUCAUUUUUAUCCCUUUAUUUUUCUUCUUUCCAUGGAAAGGCCUUUGGAAGUGAAGUGUUCAGAACAUACAAUCUAGAUCAGAAACCAAGUUGUAGAAGUAAUGGCAAAAAGUGGUUUUCUGACACUCUUCAUUUCAAAUGAAAAGCAGUUUUAGAAGCUUGAGAUUCAAGUGUUCACAGGGUUUGAGCAAGCAUUUUAAAAUGCUUAACUGAAACAUUUAUGAAUACUUAGAAUUGUAUAUUAUGAAAGCAAAGUCCAGGAUAUAAUAUUUUGUUUACUGUACAGUGAAAAUGUAUCACUUCAAAUAUCUAAAAUUAAAUCAUGACAGGAAAAAAACUUAGUGUAUUAUUGUACCAGCUGUGUAGAAUAAGGUGAUGAUUUUUUUUUUCUUAAUUUUCUUACUCAUUUCAGUUCUCUUCAAAAUUGUUGCUUAACUUUUCUAUGAUGGUUACUUUUUCCCUUUUUUAUGUUCAUCUUUGAUGUUUUGCACAUUUUAUGUAGAUAAAGAGGGGUAAACACCAUUUAUUUAUGUACAUAUUUCUCAUAUAUUCCAUUGACACAUUCAUGAAGUUCAGGCUUUUAUCUCCUUGUCAAGGAUUAGGCACUUUGAGUCUGCCUUGUACAGUUGUGAUCUUGAAAUGAACUUGGAAUAUACAUUGUGAAGUGGUUAGAAAUUUAGUGUUAUCCUUCCAUUGUCCUGAAUAUAUAAAAAGGUCAAAGCUGUGUGUGUGUAGUACAUUGAUCAUUUAUUAUUUUCAUAGUAUGGAAAUGGAGUAAGGUACAAGGUACAUUUUCUAAAGUGAGAAAAGGUAUGAACAUAUAUCUUCAGUGCACAUACAAGUGUAAAACAAGAUGAUGGAGGUGCAAAAGGUUUAUAGAAAUUGGAAAAAAGUGAGGAAAGCUGGAUGACAGAGAGAACUUUUAAGAUAUUUUUAAACAUUCUGUAAUAAUUGCAAUGACACACCAUUAGGCUUCAGUGUGCAAGCAACAAGUUCGGAAUCAGUGACUUGCUCAAGUUCACAGGGAGGCAGAGGAUCAGAUAAGUGUCUUCAAGUGCAAGGAAAUACAUUGUUCUCAUACAUUGAAAUGAUCUGUAGUGGUUAAUGAAUAUUUUGCUUGUAUAGUAAGAAUGAAGAUACAAAAUAGA